AUGGUGGUGAUGGCAGGGAGCGGGGCAGGCGAGCGGUCGGGCAGCAUGCCGAGUCAAGGGUGGGUCGCUAUUCCCGCGAUAAUCCCUCGGACGAUCCGUAGUGCGCACACGGCCCUGUCACAUGACCGCGUCAGUAGCAGCAUCAGUGCGAGCCGUCCCACCAUGGCCACCCAUCUCGUGCUUCACCGCACCCUAAGCUCCAUGCACCUGUCCUCAACCGAUCAGCGUCGCGACGCGUGCCGGCAUGACGAGCCCUGCGCGGUGAUCGCCGCGAGUCCCGCAGCCGCAGCGAGCAGCACGGCGACGAUCGUGGAGCGCGGCGUGGUCUGCGAAGUGCCGCUGGACGUGCAGCGCGUCGCCGCGAGCUCGCCGUGGUCGUACGGCGCGAUGGACGGCGACGACUGCUGGCGGCCUCCGCCGGGCGCGCGGCUGUCGGACGCGACGAGCGCCGACUUCCUCAAGCGCUGCGCCUUCUGCCGGCGGAGCCUGGAGCACGCUGACGCCUUCAUGUACCGGGGCGACAAGGCGUUCUGCUGUCUGGAGUGCAGGCAGCACCACAUGAUCGUACACACCCGCAAGGCAUGGCUGCACCUCACCGGCCGCCGCUUCUCCAUGGUGCCGCUUGCUGGGUAG